AUGGGGUCUGUGGCCACAUUUAUCAGCUCUCUCACCGAGCCCAACGCGCCCGAGGUCAAGACCGAGAUCCCGGGACCCAAGGGCGUUGCGCUACAGAAGGAGCUCGACGUUCAUCUCGACACCCGAACAGUCAACAUCAUGUGCGACUACGAGAAGUCUCAGGGAAACUACCUCGUCGAUGUCGACGGCAACACUUUCCUUGACGCCUAUUCCCAGAUUGCUAGUAUCCCGGUCGGAUACAACAACCCAGUUCUCAAGAAGGCGGCCCAAGGCCCCGAAAUUAUCAGUGCAAUGAUCAACCGCCCCGCAACUGGCUUCUUCCCCAGGGGAGACUAUGCUAAGCUUCUCGAGGAGGGCGUCCUGAAGGUGGCCCCCCGCGGAGCUCCCUACGUCUGGAUGGCCAUGAGUGGUACCGAAGCAAAUGAAAGCGCUUACAAGGCCGCCUUCAUCUGGUACCGUCGUCGCAAGGUGUGGACGGAGGAGGAGCUGAGGACCUGUAUGCUGAACCAAUCCCCUCGCUCACCUGAUCUGGCUAUCUUGUCCUUCAAGUCGGGUUUCCACGGCCGCAUGUUUGCCAGUUUGGCCACGACCAGGACCAAGACCCUUCACAAGCUGGACAUUCCUACCUUUAAAUGGCCCCAAGCUCCAUUCCCUCUGCUCAAGUAUCCUCUUGAGGACCACUUCGAAGAUAAUAAGAAGGAAGAGCAGCGUUGCUUGGACGAGUUCAAGCGUCUCAUUGAUUCGUGGCACUGUCCUGUGGCCGCCAUUGUUGUCGAGCCUAUCCAAUCUGAGGGUGGAGAUAAUCAUGCCUCACCAGAGUUCUUUAAGAGCCUCCAGAAAAUCACUAAGAACCGAGGCAUGGUCUUUAUUGUAGAUGAGGUCCAGACUGGCGUUGGAUCUACUGGAAAGUUCUGGGCUCAUGAACACUGGGAUCUUCCGUCGCCACCGGAUAUUAUUACCUUCUCCAAGAAGUUCCAGGCUGCUGGCUACUACUUCUCUAACCCAGAGCUGAGGCCUGAAGUGGCCCUCCGUUUGUUCAACACUUGGCUGGGUGACCCGUGCCGAGCCGUUCUUGCAAAAGGUAUCGUCGAGGAGAUCGAGUCUCACAAUCUUGUACAGCAGGCCGCUGAGUUCGGCACAUAUAUCAGAGAGAAGCUUGCCGGGCUGGCAGCCACGAAGCCGAAAGAGUUUGGCAAUGUCAGAGGCUCAGGAACCAUCAUUGCUUGGGACCUUGAGAGCGCUUAG